AUGCCGCCAGGUGUGAGUAAGAGAAUCAAAACACUAUCAGUAACUAGGCCUAUCAUAUAUGGUAACACCGCCAAAAAAUUAGGUGAAAAAAGACCACCAAAUGCACCUGCUGAACAUACGCAUCUCUGGACUAUCUUCGUAAGAGGUCCUCAAAAUGAGGACAUUUCGUACAUCAUAAAAAGAGUUGUCUUCAAGUUACAUGAUACAUAUCCUAACGCAACGAGGACGGUAGAGGCACCACCUUUCGAAUUGACAGAAACAGGCUGGGGUGAGUUUGAAAUUAACAUCAAGAUACAUUUUGUUGAUGAGGCAAAUGAAAAAUUGCUGAAUCUUUAUCAUCAUUUGAGGCUUCAUCCCUAUAAUAAUAUCAACCCUGACUAUCCUCAGAAAACAGAUGAAAUUUCGUCGAUAUAUUAUGAUGAGAUUGUAUUCAAUGAACCUAACGAAGACUUCUUCAAAAUUUUGAUGAGUACGCCAGGCAAUUUGUUACCAUCUAAUAAGACUGAAAGUUGUGUCUUCUCACGGCAAUUGGAACAAGAAGAACUUGAUAGGAUUGAUAUAGGGAUUAAGAAGGUUGCUGACGAAUACAACAACUUAAAAGCUGAGAUAACAAAGCAGUUUGGGGGAAAUGCCUAA